AUGUCGAAGCCCGGCGACGAUGGCUACCGUACCCCCACGAUUGAGGAUGCCGAGGAUUAUAUUACAGUGCAACGAAAUGAUAACUCAUUAUAUCCGUCUGCUGGGGCCUGGGCACGCCAGGCUCAUUCCUCAGCGCUGGAAGCUUUGCAUAGUAACUCGUGCCGCAAGCCUGAAGGAGAUGGUCUCGCGGAUGUAAAUGGCGUGCAUCCUUACAACGAGCCCGACUAUUCAGCCGUAAAUCUCAGUUGGAAAAAACGGAUACGUCACUUUACCUGGGCAUUUUUCACAUUGACAAUGGCAACUGGCGGGAUUGCCAAUGUUCUGUAUGAGAUACCCUAUAGAUUCCGAGGUCUACAGAUAAUCGGUGUCAUUUUCUUCCUAGCCAAUAUCAUAUUAUAUAUCAUCAUCUGGAUCCUGUUGGUCAUGCGGUUUUACCAUUAUCCUUAUACAUUCAAAGCAUCAUUCUUGCAUCCAACAGAGUCCCUUUUUGUCCCAGCCUCGGUGGUUUCGUUCGGAACAAUUCUGAUAAAUAUCUCGCAAUAUGGGCCAGACAAUACGGGGCCUUGGCUUGCACACGUUGUCGGGAUAUUGUUCUGGAUUGAUGCCUGUCUGGCCAUCAUAUUUUCGGCUGGCAUAUAUCUCCUGCUGUGUUUUCCUGACGAUUUCAUGGGCAAUGGGCCUUUGGCCGCAGAGGUUAUAAGGGUAGUUGUCAACUUUGCUGCCUUGUGGCUAUGGGGGGCCUGGUCGGAUGAUCUUUACGAUGGGAUGGUUCUCAUUUGUUUUUCCGAAUACGGCGUUGAUCACAGCGACAUUCGCCAUCGGCCACGCAUUCUCCUGCAAGCCAAUUCUGAUUAUAGGAUGUGUUAUGGUCGUGCCCCUCAUACUAAUAAAGGAGAGGACAAAAAUGAGGGUGGAUUUGAGAUCAAUGAGAUCAAGCCAGAAUCUCCAGGCGAUCAUAGCCCUGCUUGA